CCAGUUUUGUUUCGAAUCGCUCGCCAGAUGCCCGACGCUCGCAUCGAGUUCACCUCUUCGGAGCCACACGAGGGCGACGCCACCUGUGUGGCGUACUUCGAUAAUCAGCUCUUCUCCGGCGGAGCUGAUGGCAAAAUACGUGUUUGGUCAGCGUCGCUGCAGCUGCUGCGCACUCUGAAUGCCCACGAUGCGUACAUUUAUUGCAUGGCCGUAAAUGAGCAGGGCAAGCUGUACUCGAGCAGCUGUGAUGGCCAAGUUAAGUACACGUUGCCGCCGUACGAGGAUGCCUCCGUGCAGGAGCUGUUCCGCUGCGACGAUGCCAUCCAGGCCAUGUACUGUGCCGGACCAGUGCUCUAUACGGGCGACGACAAGGGCGUGGUCACCACCUGGAGUAACGAUCGCAUGCUCUUCAAGUACAACCUGGUUGAGGAGGUCAAAUCACUAGCCGGGGAGCAGCAGCUCAUUUACACAGUGCGCGACUUGGAUGUGGUUAUCUCAGUCAUAGUCGAGGGCAAGUCGGGUAAGUAUAGCAACAAGAUGGUCAUACCAGGAAAGUCGCCUCUCACACUGCUCGGCCCACUGGUUGAGGAGAAACGAACCUAUUUAGCAUUUCCCGAUCGCACUGGCAUGGGCUUGCAGCUGAUCAAUAAUCUGCCACAGCACAAGUUCUCCCAAGUGUGGCAUUUGCCGCAAUGCCAUGACAUGAUUGUGAAUAGUAUAUGCGGCGAUGAGGAUCACCUGUACUCCGGUGGCUAUGACAACAAGGUCAAAGGCUGGACAAACUUGGCGGCAAAGCAGCCAACGCCUCUCGGCGAAGUGGAUGUGGGCAGUUGUGUGAAUUCUAUUUGUUGUGGCUCCGACAAUUGUGUGUAUAUUGCAAGCAGCGAUGGUUUUAUACGCUGUGCAAAAUUUGUUUAAAUCGUAAGAGAAU